AUGGGCACUCUUACGGCCACGUUGUUCCGUGACUCUUUACUGAAAAAGAACCUUGCAACAGUGAUAAGGUGUAAUAUUUCGUCACGAUUUGUUCACAACGACAUUCACGAAUCAAAGAAAGGUACACCGAGAGAAAAGAAACUGGAAAAGCAAAAUGUUUCCUCUUCAGUUCCUUGGUAUUUACGACCUGAAAAGUCACCUAGGGUUGUAUCUCAUUUGAAUGAAAUUUCAAUGCCUGAGCUUCCGAGAGAUCAUCCUGAAUCUUUGAAGCUAAUAGUAGAGUACUUAGUGCAGAAAUUGGGUAUGGAUGACGUUAAAGUUUUUGACCUGAGGGAUGAUUUCGGCCAAGUUAUCAAUGAUGGUGCAAAGUUGAUGAGUAAUUUCAUGGUGAUUGGAACCGGAAAAAGUGCCAAACAUUUGCAGAAGGCGGCAGAGCUUCUGAACUAUUUUUUAAAGCAUAAGUUGAACGAAGUUCCCUCAACGGAGGGCUUGUUUUCCAACGGUGAAUUCAACAAAAUUCAGAGAAGAUUAAAGAAGAAAGGAAGGGGAGCUCCGCAAUAUGCAAAAUUCAGCUAUGGUGCAUCUCCGAACACGUGGGUUAUGAUGGAUUGUAAAAUUGAUGGCAUUUACGUGCAUAUGUUAACCAAAGAGAGAAGAGAAAAUCUUAAUUUGGAGAAUUUAUGGUCAAAAGAUAAAUCAAAGUACCCGAUCAAACAGUCAAAGGAGAAAAAUGACAAUAUUCUAUCUGGUUUACGGUUUUACCACACAUCAACUUCAAAUGGAAAUUGCCAGCCAUUUUCUUCAAUUCGAACUAUAUCUACAGUCGAAGGUAUGACUACAAAAGCAUUUAAUCCUUUCACUUCAAAAAAGCAUGACUACCGAAGUAGAUUUCGUGCGUUAAAGAAUAUACAUCUCAGCAACCCAGAAAGUUGUCCGCUUGAAAAGAUAAAGGAUCAUUACGCUGCUAUGCAAGCCAACGGCUUUGCUCUCACUUACAACGAUGUGUACGAAUAUCUUGAUCUUGUCUUUGCUUCUCCAGAAUUUUAUCGAGGUAUAACCCGUGAUGCAGAUGUCUAUAAUAAACGAUAUCAGUAUGCCCUCAAAGUGUUGAGAAGAUACAGGCCGGCAUUGUCAAAUCCAGAGAGCAUAAAAAAGCUUCUUUUUCUUUUCACAUUAGCUGGUUCACAAUAUGAUAAUAGCAAGUUUAUAACCAUUGAUAACGUUGAAUCAUUAAGCCAAGAAACGGCAAAUUGGAAGAACAUUUUUAGGUACAGCCCAAGAAUACAUAUGCUCCGUAAAGUGUUCACGCAUUUCUCCUCAUAUUUUACACUCUCAGAUUUGGCUUUAAUGGAUGUCAUCUGUCUAAGUAUUUUUAUUAAUCGGGGCGAUUGGUUCUCCGCAAGAAACGUUAUUGAAUACGCUUUGAAAAGAGCAGAUUAUAAUGUUCUAAUAUGUUGUUUAAGACUAAUAGCUGUUAAUGGCAAUGUCAAUUGGUCCCAAAAGUUUUUGGAUGAGUACUAUCCUUUACUCCAGAAAAGUAGGUGCUUCAAAAUUGAAAAUGAAAUUUACUACAUCAAACUUUUGCUAUCACACUGUGAUCCUAGUGGUAAUCAUUACAAGGGCAUUAGAGAUAAUCUUUAA